AUGGAAAUGAGGGUCGAUGAGGGUCAUAUCGGAAAUUUUAUGGUCUUAAAUUCCAGACUCGUAAAAAUUAAAGAAACUCCGUCGAAAAGUGAAGAGGAAAAAAAUGGAUUGAUUAAACAAAUAGGAGAGAAAUGUGUGCCGAAACAAUUUAUUCCAGUGCUGAAACGAGAAAUGAAAGAAGAAGGAUCCCAAACAGAAGAUAUAUCAAAAUCGAAGCGAAAAUGCCCCGAGACGCGAGCACCGUCUGAAAUUCCAGUAUCUGAACCAAAGCCAUCUCCAACUCUCGAUGACAUCAUCUCAUUUAUUUCUUCAACGUCCGCAGAUUUUACAAAUAUAUCAAAACAGUUGACACGAGAAGCAGCGAAUGCAAUUGGUGGAUGUACUCGAUUAAUUCUUCGAACCAUUAUUGAAAAUGCAAAGACAAAUGCUCUUCGAGAAAAUCGACAAAGAAUAGUGCCAUCUGAUGUAGAUCUUGCAAUUUGUUCCGCUGAAAUUAACAGUGAUUUUACGUGCCCCCUUCUGAAACCUACUCCUGCAACAGAUAGAAUGUAUUGGGGAAGGAAAAUGACAAAACCCAAAAAGACUAUUGACGCCAACUCGUCAGAAAUCGUGUCUCAUGAACGGUUUUGUGAUUCAAUAAUGAUCAAAGAUCAUUGGUUAGUUGUAGACGGAGUUCAGCCAUGUGUUCCUGAGAAUGUGAUUCCAACAGAAGUAAAACAGAAAUACCAAGAACAACAACAAGAAACACAGAGAGUUUUUGGCUACGGUGUUUCAGGCGUUAGAAAACAGAUACCGGAGAAAAGGCCGACGACACAGACGGUUUUAAUGGAACAUCAAGUGCUCUAUGCAGAAAUGACGAAGAUUCUGACGAACGGAAGUGCGUUGGAACGACAAAAAGUACUGGAGACUAUUGAAACGGACACGGGAUUUCAGUUUUUAGCUGGUCGAUUUGUGAUUUUAAUAGCAGAAGGUGUGCGAUUACACAUUGGAACAAAGAAUAUACGUGGAUUGGCGAAUCUGCUGAAAUUGGCGUGGAGUUUGAUGAAGAAUCCACAUAUUUGGUUAGAGAAAUAUCUCUAUGUUCUCGUUCCCUCACUUAUAUCAUGCGUUGUGAGUAAAAGCAUGGUUCCUAUAGUGGAUCCCGCCCGCGCUGGUCUCAAAACGAAAACCAGCACAGUCAACGUCGGAACUCCAGAAUUAACUUCAGAAGAUCGUGAGCGUAUCAUUCGAGAUUUGGAAUUCGAGUUCAAGUUGAGAGAAUCGACCGGAAAAUUGCUCGCUGAGCUCGCCUCAAUAUACAAAGAUCAGAAUUUAAGAGUUCGAAUUAUUCAAAUGCUUCGAAAAGUUCUCACGGGAAACAAAGAUCCUGUGGCGAUUUAUGGAGUUCUUUGUACAUUUUUCGCUUUUGGAAGUCUUACGAUAAACACAGUAGUUCUUCCAAGAAUGCACGAUAUUUUCUGCUCCCUCCAAGCUUCUCGCAAUGAUAUCCCAACUGUGAAAGCGACAAUGACUAAGCUGAGGAAGCUGUUAGUAGAAACUGAAAUAGAGAGGAUGGAAGUUAUACAGAAUAAAACGAUCGAGCUGAUUAUGAAAAUCAUCUUUGAAAAUGAGAUUUUCAAUGAGCGAAAGCUCGCCGAUCGAGACGCCUAUGUCGCUUUGUAUGCUGAAUUUGGCGCACUAUUCUAUGACUACGCUUUAAAUACAGGAAUGAUCAAUGAAAACACGGGACACUUGAAAGUAAAUCGACCCUCACUGCUCCUACAGCGAAAAGAUUUUCGAAUCGAGUUGGAGAAAUUCAGAAGAGGGAGAAGGACAGUGCCAGCUCAUCAUCCUCACCAUCAGCAGCGAAACCUUGCUAUGAUGGCGGACGAUGAUCUGCUGGAUAAUUUGCUGGAUGAUUCAAAUCGACCAUGGGCAAGAGCAGCAGCCCAAGUAGAAGAAACAGAACAGAAUACGUGGAAUUCUCAAGACAAAGAUACUUUCCUUCGGAAACCAAAACUGUUUCUAGUAAGGAAAGAGAAAGAUCAAGAUGGAAAACUAGUUGCUUCCUUCAUUAGACCAUUAGAAUAUGGUUAUAUGCCGAGUCUUCCCUCUACGAGAAGUCAUCGAAGAGGAUCUGCAGACGCCGCUCCCAAUGAAACAGCUCCAAGAGAAAGUAUCAUUGGACAGUCAAUCUACGCAUCGAGAGCAUCUGAUUCAGUUGUCGUUUCGAAAGAAUCCGAUGAAAUCCUCAGAAGAUUUGUGGCCAGAAGUGACGAGCAAUCCGGUGCAAUCAUUUAUGGGAGAAAGAUGUUGAUGACACCGCAAGGGAGAUCCACUAUAGAUGAUGAGAUUGCGCAGGCGGCAUCUCAACUGUCAUCGGUUCGACUUCGGAAUUCUGUAGCCGCAAAUCCAUCUGCUGUCACGGUGGAUGAAAUGAGACGAGGGCGCUUUUUGCAUCGUGCAGAUAGACUCGAUAAUGUUUGA